AAUUUUAUGUUUCAUAAAAUGUUUUAUAUACAAUCUUUUACAUUGUUUGACAAAGAUAAAAUUGCAUUUGUUAUUGAUCUAUAUUGUUUAACAUCGGGAUCGGAUUCAUAUUAAGAUCGGGUUCAGCUUGAUCGGGAUCGAGUACCCAUUUUAUUUUAAUCAGCAGAAGCACGAGGCUGUGGUUAAAUUUUGAGAGAGAUUCUGACUCUAAGAGAUCGAUUUAAUAAACAGCAAUAUUCGCUGUGACACCAUUUAAGGUGCGUAAUUAUUUGAACUCUUUGAUUGAUUGUCCGAAUGUUUAAGUCGGCAUGGAGGCGGCAAGUACUGGUGAACCUAAACCGCGCACAGUGGUGCUGAUUGGUCAUUCCUUCAUCAGGAGACUCGGUGUUCUAGUACAGAAUGAACCAGAUUUUGAUAACUUACGACUUUAUAAAGAUACAUUUAAAGUGUUAUUUCGAGCAAGGGGUGGCCUCAAGACACACGAGCUAGCCAACUCAAAGGAAUUGCUUGAUUUUCAAGGUAUACAUACCGAGGACGCUAUCUGCUUCAUCCAAAUUGGCGGGAAUGAUUUAACAGAUCCACAAGCAACACCAACCAAGGUCGCUCGGAAUAUUAUGUCGUUAGCGCAGUUCUUACUGUUAACCAACAAUUUUUCCUUUGUAAUAAUUGGACAGUUAUUACGCAGACAUCCGUCCAAAGUAGGCGACCAUUACAAUUAUAAAGUGAUAGACACUAAUAAACUCCUACACGAUCAGUGCCACCAAUCCACCAACAACAUUUUAUUCUGGCACCAUCAUGGCUUCUGGGACCCAGACAUGAAAUUCUUGGCCAGCGAUGGGGUUCACCUAAAAGACAGCAGCCACGACCACCGGUACAUGAAGAAGUACCUCCAGAGCAUUAAAAGUGCUGUCCUCCAUGCUUCCCAUCGGCCACGACGGGAGAUUAAGGAUAAGUAAAACAUGCACAUAAUGUUCAAGUUGAACUAUAUUUUAUUCACAGAUUUUAUUGUGAAUACUAUUGGGCAGAGGGCAUAGCUUAUUUUAGCCUUCUCUGCACAUAUGUUGAUAGAUGAUGCAUGUGAUGGAAAUUUAUUGCAAUUUGUUAUGUAACAUUUUACAGUAUAUGAAUAUGACAUUGCUUGAAUGCAUAUAGAAUUUCAAUUUAAACCUCGACAUGCUUCUGCACAUUAUGUCGCCUGAUUUAUAAUUAUGUGGUUAGUGUCAGUAUUGGUCAGAAUUUGGGAAUUACCAAUUGAUUCCAUCAUAUUUAUGUGAAGGCUCCAGUUUGUUUUUCUUAAUCUUCCCAAUAUCCGAUGAAGGUUGGGAAGAUCUGUUUAUUUAUUUAUAAAAAAGGGUUGCCUAUCAAUGUCUUGUGUAUUUAAAGGCUCCAGUUUGUUUUUCUUAAUCUUCCCAAUAUCCGAUGAAGGUUGGGAAGAUCUGUUUAUUUAUUUAUUAAAAGAGGGUUGCCUUUAAAUGAUUUUAUAUGUGACGGUAACAGUUUAUUUUUUUAAUCUUCCCGAUAUCCAAUGAAGGUCGGGAGGAUCUGUUUAUUUAUUUAAAAGAUGGUUGCCUGUCAAUGUCACUAUGAUGUUAAGUUGCAGCUAAAUUUGUUAUUCAUAGGGCAUUUUCCAUCGUGGAAUGAGCACAUGCCUUUAAUUUUAAUUUUCCUGUUCUUAGCUGCAACUUGAAUUUUUAAUAUGACCAUGAUAACUGACCUGUUUCAAGCUGACAAUUAUAAUUAAUGUGUUUUGAAUGGCUGACAAAUGCAUUAUGAAAAUUUCAUUCACGAUUGAUAAAGAUGAAAAAUAUAAACAUGUUGGUGCACAAUUUGUGCUUAUAGCUGAGUGGCUAACAUUAGUUAUACUAUGAUCAUGAUUAUAUUAUCAUCUAUGGCAAUUACAACUGCUUGGACUUAUUGUAGAAAAUAUGCCACCAAAAAAGAGGAUGAGGUUGCGCAGUCAACCAGCCCAGGUGCCCCCUGCGGACUUGGCUUUGGGCAAUGCAGUUGAUGCCAAUUCAUCUACUCAAGCGAGCUGCACCAACAACCCUCCAAUUGACUACGACCAGCUGGCAGAAGCUAUCCUACGACAACAGCAACAGGCUUUGACUUCCAGCACUGCUUCGGCAAACAGUAUCACUCCACAGGUUAUCCCCUCUACUUCACAGGCUGCACCCUCUGCACUGCAGACUUCUAGCACUGCUAGCGAUUCAAAUGGUUCAAAUUUGCUAAGCACCUUACAGCAGUUGUUUUCAGGUGAGUCGGUGGCAGGUACAUUAAACAGUAACAACCUACUUUCUGUCCCGUCAUCAGUAGACAAUGGUAUACCUCUGGGUGCUAACAUCCCAGUUCGCAUAAAAAAUAAAAUCUGGAACGAUCAAUUCAUUGACCUUAAAUGUUUACUUCCAAAUUUCAAAGACGAAAACAUUUCAAUUCAGAUAGAAAAUAAUGCUAUCCAAUUAAAUCCUCAGUCAACAAAACAAUCAGUGAUGUCACUACACCAGUGGACAUCAGCAUUUUUGAUAUUCAUGUCAAUUUACACCGAGAAGUCACCCCAAGAGCAUGCAAAUCUACUAAAAUAUUGUUUCACUGUUAGGGAAAUUGGGAGUUCUAAUGGGGAUGGGGCCUGGAGAUAUUAUGAUGAAAACUUCAGAAAACUCCGACAAUCAAAUAAGGUACCUUGGCAACUUCCCAUUACCGAGUAUAUGGUCAAAGCCUGUACUCUUACUCGUUCAUUUCGCUCCUCUCAGUAUCCCUCCAACCAGCCAAAAACAAAACAGCGGGAGCCGUUGUGCUUCAACUAUAACAAUGGUACAACCUGUAAAUCCUCACCAUGUAAUUAUAAACACAUCUGCCAACUCUGUAGUGAACAGCAUCCCAAAUAUAAAUGUAACAAAUGGGGCCGAAACAAGUCUAUUAGGAAACCAAACAGUACCAACAACAAUAAGGCAUGAGGUUCUUUAUCAGGAAUUGCAAGGUUAUGACAGUGUCUUACUUGAUUUUCUUGUUGAUGGAUUUAAAUUUGGUUUUAAAUUGGGCUGCAGUGAAUUUCUUCCGACCUCUGUUAAGAACAAUCACUCAUCUGUUAGGAAAAGUCCAAUGGUAGUUAACGAAAAGUUAAAUAAGGAAUUGGGUCUCAAUCGUAUUUCAGGUCCUCAUGUACUGAAACCGUUUGAUAAUUUUAUUUGUUCGCCACUAGGACUCGUGCCUAAGAAGCUACCCGGAGAAUUUAGAAUCAUACACGAUCUAUCCUUCCCAGAGGGUAAUUCCGUAAAUGAACACAUUUCGCGAGAAAAUGCGGUUGUGCAAUAUGAUUCUAUUGAAAAUGUAAUACAGCUAAUCAAGAAAUUUGGGAAAGGGGCACUGAUGGCUAAGCUAGACAUAGAAGAUGGGUUUAGAAACAUCCCAAUACACCCUUCAGACUAUCAUUUUUUAGGCUUUCUUUGGAACAAUCAAUAUUAUUUUGAUAAAUGUUUACCAAUGGGAGCCAGUUCAUCGUGUCAGUUGUUUGAGAGGUUAAGCACGGCUUUGCAAUGGAUUAUGUUAAAUAAAUACCAGGCCUCUGGUAUGUCUCAUCUUAUUGACGAUUUUUUCUUCAUUGGACCAGCUUUAUCUCAAAAAUGUCUCUCUGAUGUUAGAAACUUUGAAAAUUUAUGUUCGAGAGUAGGAGUCCCUCUUAAAGAAUCAAAAACCGUUUUACCAACAACUUGUUUGACCAUUUAUGGAAUUGAGGUAGAUUCGGUUCUCAUGCAAAGUAGACUUCCAGAAGACAAACUCACUAAUAUGAGACAAUUGUUGGCAAAGACAGUCCAUAGAAAAAAAAUUCAAUUAAGAGAAUUGCAGUCCUUGAUAGGUGUUCUCAAUUUUGCCUGUCAAGUAGUCACACCUGGUCGUGCAUUUUUGAGACGCUUAAUAGAUUUGACUCGUCGUGUGUCCAAACCAAAUCAUUACAUAAGAUUAACUGCUGAAGAACGUGCGGACAUUAAAGCAUGGCAGCUUUUUAUUGAUCAUUUUAAUGGCAAGUCUAUAUUUCAUCAGGAUGAGUGGUUUUCUUCACAGAAGUUACAUAUAUAUACAGAUGCAUCUGGUGCCUUGGGUUAUGCAGCUGUAUAUGGUUCAAAAUGGUUUGCUCAAUCUUGGCUAGAUAUUCAUACAGAUUAUCACAUUUCUGUUAAAGAGUUAUUUCCUAUCGUUCUAUUGGUAGAAAUUUGGGGGACUCAUUUUAGCAAUCAAAAAAUUCUCUUUUUCACUGAUAAUAUAGCAGUUGUUGAGGUCAUUAAUAAACAGUCAUGCAGAGACAAAAUAUUGAUGAAACUUGUACGUCGAUUAGUUGUUGCAGCAAUGAAAUAUAACAUACUAUUUAAAGCAAAACACAUUCCAGGGAAACACAAUAUACUUGCAGAUUACCUUUCCCGUUUUAAAUUCCAGGAAGCCAAGAAACUCUUUGCCCCUUGGUUGGACCUCAAGCCAACAGCAGUACCAGAACAUUUGAUUUACAUCUAAGCCAAUCAAGUCGGCAGUUACUUCAGGCAUCACUGUCUCUAUCUUCUAAGCAGUUAUACCUUCGAAGUUGGAACUUGUUAAAGAAAUUCUGUGACACCCAUAGGCUACCAUUUUCUCUCCCAUUUGCAGAAGGAAUAAUUUGCAAUUUUAUUGGUGAUUUAUUUACUGAGGGUUUAAGCCCAUCCACUAUCACUUCACAUAUUUCGGCAAUUAGUUUCGUUCAUAAAAUUUUUGACCUUCAUGACCCUACCCACUCUUUUAUUGUGAGAAAAGUUAUCAAAGGAGCCUAAAACCUAGCAAGAACUGCUGACACUAGACUUCCAAUCACAAAACCCAUUCUUAUCAAAUUAUUAUCUGCCUUAUAUCACACCGUUCAAGAAGCAGACUCAAGAACUCUACUGUCGGCAGUUUUCCUUCUUGCCUUUCACGCCUUUAUGCGCCUAGGUGAACUCGUUCCCAGAAACAAAACACUUAACUCCAAAGUAAUUCAAAGACAAGACAUAAUGUUCAAUGAUGAUAAUUCAGUUCAGAUCACGCUCAGAUAUUCAAAAACUAUGAAUGAUAGGCAGCCAAUAAUAAUUACUCUGACAGCUAAUAAUUUGAACUGUCAAUUUUGUCCAGUUCAUGCCCUAAAAGCAUAUAUUACUCAACAUAAACACACAUCUGGUCCUUUAUUCAUUUUCAAAUCUGGCGAACCAGUUCCGCACAGUUUUGUGGCAUCCCAUUUGAAACAUGCCAUAAAUUUUAUAGGUUUGGACUCAUCACUUUACCUAGGUCAUAGUUUCCGUAUUGGUGCUGCUACAGAGGCGGCUAAGAACGGUUUAUCUGAAAAUGUAAUUCAACAACUCGGGCGUUGGCACUCAAAUGCAAGUAGACGUUACAUUAGAAUAAAUGCUUUCAAGUUCUAAAUUUCAACUUUGUAAUGAGAAUUUCAAACAAAAUGUUCCCCUUAUACAUGUACUGCCACCGAAUAUCAAAGUAAUUUAGUCCAGUCCAGUAAUUUAAACAUAUAAUUAAGUCUAUGAGGUCAGCAAAUGGUUGCUCAGAUAGAUUACAAACUUCAAAAAGUAUCAACUCAAUAUGAAACAGAACGGAUUUGGAUUUUCUGAGGCCAGCACAUAGUUGCCUGUAUAAAACAGUAAUUCGGUGUGGGAUCUUGGCAAGUGUUUUCUUUGAAAAGGUCUAGCUCGUUUAUGAGAUCACAUUUUAUCCUUCAAUUUCCCCUCGUCGUUGCAAGCUAUUAUGCAUGAGGACAGCAUACGGUUGCUCAUAAAAGAAAACUGUUAGUUGCGAACUAAUAUCAUGAGGACAGCAUACGGUUGCUCUUAAAAGAAACUGCAUAUAUGGAAGUUGUAACUCAGCCUUAAGUUGGGUCAUGAGACUUGUGUAUGAGGUUAACAUACAGCUGCU